CACUACUUUUUCAUCUUGGUGUGUUUUUAAUUUCUGACAGACGUCCGUUUCAAGGAUGUUCCUCCCACGAUGUUUUCAUUGUUAGUUUACUUGGUUGGUGUUUUUCACCAAGUUAUAUAGUCGUUUCAAGACAUAUACGGGAUUUAGUAUUUAUCAGUGGUGACUAUGGCAGAAGUUGGACAGGUACAUCUGUAUCUCAUUUUGAUUUUCUUGUCUGGUGCUUUUUCUGAAAGCACAUCGACACAAGAAAAUGAAGAUGACGUUAUUCUAUCAGAAUCCAACAACAGGAAAUUGGAAAUUGUCAAAAAAAUUAAAAAAAUCAACGAAGACGGCUCAUAUACAAUAGGUUAUGAAGCGGAUGAUGGCUCUUUCAAAAUCGAGAGUAGGGAUGUACUUGGUCACAUAAAGGGAACAUAUGGCUUCGUGGACGAUAAAGGUCAGAUAAAAAGAGUUUCUUAUAGUACCAGUAAUGCUAGCGAAGUUAUUAGUAAACCAGAGGAACCUUCAGUAGUACAGAGAAUUCCACUCAGAAAACAAAUGACAAAGUUCGUCUCUUCCACCCCCUUGAUACCAAGUAGCAGUAGCGUUGUUCAGAGUAUACCGAGGAGAAAAACAAUGAGUGAGGCUACUACUAAGAAACCAAAUUAUGAGAACGUAGUAAACAUUUCCCAAUCAACAACGGUACCAAACUAUGUUUCUUCACUCUCUCAAACAGAUGCAUCAAACCUGAAUCAUCAGAAAACUAAUAGAGGAGGAAUCCAGGAAACUGAGAAACCAGAUAAACUGUUUCAUUAUUAUCAAGACAGACUAGUUAAUUCUUACGAACCAGUGGGUAAUUUACAACGAAGACAGCUUUCAUCUCAAAGCGAACAAGAUUAUAAUGCUCACGACCAUAUUUCAAGGUUACAACAGUCUCUCGGGCAAGAUGCAACAGACGUUUAUAGUAACUCCAUGACUACAGGAACUCCAAGACCUUUGUUCACAACCACUAACAGACCUAAAUUCACACAAACAUCUACAACAUCGACUCCUUCAACUAUACAACGGCCUUCAGUGUUUGAUGAUCCCGUGAAUGAUUUUGACAGUUCUUCACGUUAUAGCCAAAGAGCAACAACAAUUCAUUCUGAAGGGAAUAAUUUUACUCCUCCCAUUCCUCAAUUGAGGGUUUCUAAUGACAAAGUAGACAAUCGAAUACAACUACUGGAUAUAAAGUCGGCGAAUGAAAGAGGAACAGUUUUGCUUCCAGUUAGUAAAUUUAAUGGAAGACUGUUAACUAGAGAACAGUUGGAUGAACUUUAUGGUCCACCUAAAUCGGGACAAUAUAAUAUACCUCCAUCAACAAGAAAACCUGUUGAGGAAUUUAACCAGGAAGAAGCUCCAGUGAAAAUUCCACCUACACGAAUAUUAAGGCCAAUGCCAGUGGAAGUGGAUGAAAAUGGUUAUAUUAAAGAACUUUUAAGACCAAGUCAAAUAGUCUAUCAGGUAGCGGCUGAGCCUGAACCCAAAUAUGACGAAAACAAUAUAGAUGAUAUACACCCACCCGUUAGUACUAAAGAUUUUCAUAGGCUCCUGCAGCAACUCAUCAUCAGGCAGAACAGACUAGAAAAAAUAAGCGAGAUGACUCGACAUGUCGACAUAUAUAUGCAGCCUCGACCAGUAAUGCGAGCAGUAGAUCCUUAUUUUUUGCAGAGAGAACUUUUGAGCAGCUCAAAUACUCCAACUUUCCAAGAGCAAGAUCGCAAUCAUAGACAAAACGUGGUGGAAAUUGGUUUUCAACAACUAAAUACUUUUAGAAACUAUCCAUCCAAUGAAGUGUAUUCGGAACAACGCCAACAAUCCUACAAACCAAAUAGAAGAGUAGCUAGAUUAUUACCACCAAGUAGUUUUCAUCAUUCGGAGAAGCAUGAAGAAUACCUGCCCUCAGAUGUAAGGGAAAUGCUUUUACUGAGGAUGUUGCAGCUAGCAAUCAAUCCCUCUCUACCAUUACCGGAAAAAGAUUAUGACUCAAUUGCUAAAUCGACAACAUUCAAAAAAAAUCCAGUUAGAAAUGUCGAAAUUUUGGGAGAAGGCAAUUCCGAAGAACAAUAAAAAGAGUCCAGUAAAAUGAAGAUGUUGUGAACGUUUGAAUGAUAUUUAUUAAUUUCAUUGGAAUAAUUAAAUUCGAUAGAAUCAUUUCUGAAUGGAAGAAAGUUCAAUAUACUUCAUUACUUCGUUA